UCUGUGUGACAAUAAGGCCGAAUACAGAAUAGACAGGACGGUUUAUGUUGUUUAGCAGCACGUAGGCCUGCUCGAUUUGAUUUGGGACACUUUGUUAACGGGGUUUCGUUUUUGUCGUCGUCGACAGGUUUGUCAUAUGCACAGUACCAGGCGAAUACAUGACAAGAUGCACCUUGGUCUGGAGGAAGACGGUGAUUUCGAGGAGGCCAAGAAAGAACUAGAGACAUGGAAGGCUAAAACAGAGAAAGCUGAUGAUGCAAAAUCGAGGCUGAUAGUGGAAAAAUUGGAGGAAGAUGAAGCCAAGGAGAAGGCCAAGCAGGAGAUGAUGGCUUUGGUCCAAAAGCAAGAGGAGUGUCGUAAGGAAUUCUCUCAGAGCCUGAUUGCAGUGAAGGAUAAAAUCCAGGAGCUUGCUAAUCACAAGCAACAUUUACUGGACAAACUGAAGAGAUGUCAGGCUGAACUAGAUGAUAAGAGGGCUGAAUCCACCAAACUGAUGCAGAAGUUUAAGAUCUUUGCCCAGAUUCCAGACACAGAGGUGAAGUUCAGCACUCAACACAAAGAGGAGAGUGAUGAUGACGGUCAGCCAAUCAGAGGAGUGUUCACCAUCACUCAGAAAGCUUCAGUGCUUUUGCAGGGCGGGCAGGCACUCAUCACCUUUGAGGAGGAGAAAGUGGCCUCUCAGAUCCUGAAGAUUGCCAAGUGCUCUGUGUCCUGUGAUAACAUGUGUCUGGAUGUGAAACCAAGAAGAAUAACCAUGGAUCCUGCUGUCAAGUUUGAGGUCCACCUCGAUGUAUCCAGAAAGGAGCUCAAGGUUUCUAAUGUCCCCUCUUCCAUGCCAGAGGUCAGAAUGAAGGAUAGACUAGAACUCAGUUUCUCCAAGCCCAGCAGAGGAGGAGGAGAGGUGGAACGUGUGGACUAUGAUAAGAACACUGGGACAGGACAAAUCACCUUUCUCCAUCCUGGAGUUGCACAGAGCCUGGGCCAGCAAGGGAGAUACCGUGUGGAUCUUGACUCUGAAGUGAACGUACAGGUUGGACCCAUUUACAAAUACCAGCUGCGCAAGUUUCAGACCUACUGUGGCACCCCAAAGCGAACCAUCCUCCUAGAUGACAUCAAGGACAUAGAGGAUGUGGAGGAUCUGCAGGACCAUCUGGAGAUCCACUUUCAGAAGCCCAGCAACUGUGGUGGUGAGAUAGAGAGCAUAAAGUAUAUCUCUGGGGGGAAUGCUCUGCAGGCCUUUUUCCAUGAGGACAUGGCAGAGAGAGAUGACUAAUGAAACAGAAGGAGCCAAAGCACUAGCGGCUACAACGUAUGCUGCCCGGCCAAAUUAAAGGUCGCAGCUAU